UUAUCGGACGAGGCGGUGAGCAGAUCACCAGGAUCCAGCUGGAGUCCGGCUGCAAGAUCCAGAUCGCUGCAGACAGCGGAGGUCUGAUGGAGCGGCCCUGUUCCCUGACUGGAACUCCAGAGAGCAUCGAGCAGGCGAAGCGUCUCCUGGUUCAGAUCGUGGAGCGCUGCAGGAACGGUCCUGGGUUUCACGGAGACGGAGGAGAAGGAGGCGCGUCGGUGCAGGAGAUGCUGAUCCCCGCCAGCAAGGUGGGGCUGGUGAUCGGGAGGGGGGGCGACACCAUCAAACAGCUGCAGGAGCGAGCCGGGGUAAAGAUGAUGAUGAUUCAGGACGGGCCGAUGCCGACAGGAGCCGACAAACCUCUGCGCAUCUCUGGAGACCCGUACAAAGUGCAGGCGGCGAGGGAGCUGGUGUUGGAGGUGAUCAGAGAGAAAGAUGGAGAUUUCCGGUCGGGACGCAGCGACUUCAGCGCCCGUCUGGGAGGAGCCAGCCUGGACUCCGUCUCUCUGCAGGUUCCAGUUCCCAGGUUCGCUGUGGGCAUCGUGAUCGGCAGGAACGGAGAGAUGAUCAAGAAGAUCCAGAAUGAUGCCGGUGUCAGGAUCCAGUUCAAAGCAGAUGACGGCAUCAGUCCAGAGCGUGUUGCCAUGGUGAUGGGACAACCGGAUCGCUGCCAGCACGCCGUGCACCUGAUCAAUGAACUGAUCCAGACCGCACAGGAGCGUGACGGGUUCGGCUCGGCGCUGCGCAGCGGUAGGAUCAGGGGCCGUGGUGAUUGGACGAUGGGAUCCCCCGGGCCGCUACAGGAAGUGACAUACACCAUCCCCGCUGACAAGUGCGGACUGGUCAUCGGCAAAGGAGGAGAAACCAUUAAGAGUAUUAACCAGCAGUCUGGAGCUCAUGUGGAGCUGCAGAGGAACCCCCCCCCCUCCACCGACCCCAACACCCGGGUCUUCACCAUCAGAGGCUCCGCCCAGCAGAUGGACCUGGCCCGGCAGCUCAUCGACGACAAGAUCGGGGGCUCAGGCAUCAUGAGCAACGGAGGGUUCGGCUUCAGUCCUUUCACCCAGGGCCCGGCCGCACACCAGAACUGUGGCAGCGGGCAGACCUUCCUGACCGGCGUCUGGGGAAACACCUACCAGACGAACUGGCAGAACGCUGGACAACAGGACCCUGGUCAGCAGAGCCAGCCCCAGAUGACGGACUACAGUAAGGCCUGGGAGGAUUACUACAAGAAACAGAGUCAGUCGUCUCAGCAGAGUUCGGUGCCGGACUACACCGCAGCGUUAGCAGAAUAUUACAGAACGCAGCCCUACCUGUGGAACGCCGCCCAGAUACAGGAUCACUAGAGGCUCCUCCCUCACCGGCGAAGGCCUCCGAUUGGUCGUCAACGGCAAACCGAAUCGGGGUUUCCUAGCAUCGCUCUGCCGCUUCCUCCUCCUUCCUUUUGUAGAGAAAACUAAGGAUUAACUGAAAAAUCACGAACUCUCUUCUUUUCUGUUUUUUAACUUUACAAAGUCGAAAUAUUUUGUCGGGCAGAUUUUUUGGGACUAGCCUCCGGUCUCUCGCUCUCCACGGUGUAGGCCUGGUUUUUCUUUUUGUUUUAUUUUUUAUCAAACUUGAACUUAAAGAUGUAUCAGUGUGGCUUCGAACAAAAAAAAUCCAGUAUAAUCUAUAUUUUGUCUAGUUUUAUUUUCCACUAAGACAACGGUAUGAGGCUUAGCAGUCUUGAGUAAGACAUUUUUGUUUAUGAUAAUGUUUUUAAGCAUGCGUCAGAUUGUGUGUGUUGACUCUCAGUUAUUUUUUUUUUAUUUUGGCAUAGAAAUAUUUUAAUAGCGUCGGAUGGAAAUCUAAUGUUUUACCGUCAGUUAUUUUUUGUACUAAAUUUGUGCUCGCUGGGUCUGUUUGUUCUCUAAUUUUACCUGUUUAGUCGCCAUCUUGGAGGUGCAAUGACGCGUUUAUUGUUUUGGUUUGAUGAUAGUUCUUAUUCCUGUAUCUCUAUAGUGAUUCUUUAGUUUUUAUGAUGUGAUGAUGAAUAAAUGACGAUCUAUAUUGCGUUGUCUAAAGCCAGAUCUCUCUGUGGUCGAGCAGUUUGUGUCCUGAUCUCCCGCCGACACCACGUCCCCUCAUUUAAACAUGGGGAGAAUUACUAUUUUCUUACCAAGUGAAACUUUAUUAUUGUUGUUGUAAGUUGGCUCCGUAUUUCUCUACUUUGCCGAUUUGUUUGUAGACGAAGUGUCAGGAGCUGAACAAUGAAGUUAUCGAUUCUAUUAGCUUGUGCGUUAGCUAAACGGGCGAGCUAGCUUGUUAGCAACGAGAUGUGCGUUACCUCAACUGUGUGUUAGCUGAGUGCAUGUGGUGGAUUAGCUGUUUCUGUUAGCUGUGUUUUAUUCGCUCAUUUUGUUCCUCAGAGUUAUUAGUACAUAACGCUCUUGUCACUCAGGAAAUAUUUUUAAUUUCAUCCAUUUUGAUAACAACUUGCAGAACUAGCAAAGACUCCAAAGAACCUUCAUCAGAAUUACGUAAAACCCAAAAUACACUCAUAACAUCCAUUCAUCCACUUCAAAAGAAGCUAGUUGUAGCUGCUAACAAACUGCCAUAACAAUGAAAUACUAUUACAAUUUACUAAUUUAGGCCAAUUUAUAUAAUACCAAUCGAUAGCAAGCUAACGAAGCAACAUUUGUGAAUAUGUCUCAGCUUUUCCAAACUCUAAUUUGUUAGUGCGCUGGCAAUAUAACAAUAGCUAGCUUAUUCCCAUGAGCUAACUGCAUAGAUGUUUGUUAGCUAUACUGUGUGUGUUGUGACUGCUAGGUAGCUGUCUGUUAGCUCCAAAAAAACGUUGCUGGCAUUUACUUCCUAAAAAAGAAAAAAAAACAAUCCACUUUGCUACCUAAAAAGAAGCUAAUACAACCUGCCAACAAAAUGCCGAAUGAAUUUGAAACAAUUAAAAUCCAUUAUAUCCGCUUUAUAUCCACUUGUCUACGUUAGUUACCUGGCUAGCUAAGGGAGCAACAUCUUUGAAUAAUGUCUCAGCGUUUCAAAAUCUCCCUAAAUUAGCCGAAUGUUUGUUAGCUAGUAAUUUAGCAUAGGCAGCUAGCAAGAUAGCAUAUGAUGCUAGCUAACUAGCGUCAUAUGCUAGCUGGACUUCAUCAGCAAAACUAUGUGUUGUGACUGCUAGGUAGCUGUCUGUUAGCUCUAAAGAACCUUUGCCGGAAUUAACUUCCUAAAAAUCCCCAAUAGAUUCCACGUUGCUAAGAAGCUAAUCCAACCUGCUACCUAAAAAGAAGCUAAUCCAAACUGCCGAAACAAUGUGAAACAAGUAAAAUCGCUUAUUCAAGCUUUAUAUCAAUUUAUAUACGUUAGUGACCUGGCUAGCUAAGGGAGCAACAUCUUUGAAUAAUGUGUCGGCGUUCCAAAAUCUCCCUGAAUUAGCCGAAUGUUAGAAUUAGCUCGUAUUUUAGCAUUUGUAGCUAGUUAGCUUGCAUAUGACGCUAGUUAGCUAGCAUCAUAUGCUAGCUGGACUUCAAUAGCAAAACUGUGUUGUAGUUUAAUGGUGCUGUAUGUUUGUUAGCUUAACUGUGUGUGACCGUUGUUAGCCAAAGGGUGUUUGUUGUGUGUGUGUGUGUGUGAGCUGUUGUGUGUCCUUAAGGCUGGGUUAUGUCUCAAACGUUAUUUCGGAUAUUUUUAAAAACAUGUACAAACGCAAAGUAUUUUUUUGUUCAGAGUUUCAGGUUUAACCCAUAACGCCUCCUUUAGCAUACCUUCGUAGAGGGGUGAUUCCAGCCUUUAGCCUUGUGUGUGUUAGCAGUGUGUGUGUGUGUGUGUGUGUGUCCGGUGUGUAUUUGUGUGUCGGACCACAGAGAGGUUUGUCUUGCGUUGAGGGAGAUCUGGCGUCUGUUGAGUUGAAUUUUGAAUCGGUGGUUCUGCUUCUUGUAUGUGUGACGAUGAUAAUAAUAAUAAUGACGAUAAUAAUGCGUUCUCCUGUGCAGGGGGUCUAUUUAAAUCUCCAGUUUUGAAUAUUCAGUUUGUCGAUAAGAUAAUAUGGUUUGUGUAAAUUUUCCACUCUCUGGCGGGUGCUCUCCAGUUUAAAAAAUGUACUUUGUUAUCCUGUUAAAAAAAUUAUAUUGUUUAAUUCACAUGUUGUGUCUAACCGAUUUUGCAAAGAGAAGCUGAGUGUGUUAUUUUCUCAAGACUGCUAGGCUAACUGUCUCUAUCUCUUCUUCUUGUCUGUCUGUCUGCGUCUCAACGGACGUCGCCACGCUUUAAAAAAAGCUGCCGGGACUUUUUAUUUGUCUGUAAUCGGACCAUGUGAGCGUUAUCGUGGUGUUGAGCGCUCCCGCAGCCCGUUGGCGAGGCGAGGAGAGCUGUAGUGACGGGGUUUUACUCCCCGGGUAAUAAUACAAAAUCACCGGAGUUGACGGCGGCUCGGUGUCCAGCCUCGGAUCAGGGCUUCGGGUCUAAAUCUGAUCCCGGCUGAGCCCCCAAAAUCCCGAGACUGGCCAUAAAGUCGCCGUUUCCCGGUUUUAGAUCUUCCUCGCCCCCACCCCUCGUCCUGAAGGGGUGACGGGGAGCUUUUUUGGUUUCUUGGUUUCUGUUGUUUUUCUAAUGGACAAACGUCCUAACUGUAACCUGCAGAUUUUUCUAUUAGAUUCUAUUGACAGAUAGAGUUGUAUGAACCCGAGCCACGGGACUGUCGGUGGCCGAGGGAGAGGAAGAUGGAUGAUGAUGAUGAUGUUGAUGAUUAACAUGAGGGCUAAUAAACAGGCUCGUUCUUUCUGA